AUGAACGAGUCUCCGCGAAGAGAUCUACAAGUCUUCGAUUUCAAUGAAGAGGAUGCGAUUAACUCCGACAAACUCCUCAACAAAUUCAACAAAAUCCCCACCAACGAUUCUCUCGCUCACGAUGGCCAGAUCAAAGAGGUUGGUGUCAAGAAUGUCCCCAGUAAUCCUUGUGUUGACGUUGAUGUAAUUGGGGGUAUUUCAGAUAUGGAAACCGGUUGUUCAAACCCCUCUUUCAAAACAAUGGAAGAUACAUUUGAUAGCAAAGUGAAGAAUUCCGAGUUAGGCGCUGACAAACAAUCAAAUUCCAUUAGUCAGGAAAGUCACUGUCAUUUUAAAAUAAAUGUUGAUUACUAUGACGGACAAAAGAAUAGGGAUACAAGUGGUGGUGCAUCUACAACUGGGACGAGGCAGAUUGGUCCUUCAGGAUCUCCAUCCAGUAAAGAAUCUGUUGAUGUUAGUUCUGAUGCUGAUGAUUGCAUGAACCAUGAGAGUGCUCCAACAAGUGCUGCUUCUGAUAUUGUAGAGAAUGGAGUAUUUCAUCUUUUCAUAAUUUCAGUUUCAAUGAAUGGUUGUAGAUUGGAUGGUGCGCACACUUCUGACAUGGAUGACACGAAUGCGGAAAUCAAUGUUUCAACUGCAAGUAUGAAGCAAGGGGCCUUUGAUCUUGAAUGGGGACUUGAUGAUCUCAUUGAUAUUAAGUGUCAGUUGUUUCCAAGUAGUGGAACGGUCAUCAUAAAGAUUAAUGUAAUAUCAAGGAAUGCAGAUCAGUUAGAUCAUGUAAGCGACACUUCAGGCAUUGAGGAAUUGGAGAUUGCAGUUAUUGAUUCCAAUUGGGCCCUGAUACAUAAACAGAUCACAUCUCUUAAUCUAAAAUACUUGGCUAUUUGGAACGUCAUGCUUAAUAUGGAUGUAGAAGAUACCGAUACUAAAUCGGGUGGAUCAAGAUGCUACUUUCCUAAUUUUGAGGAGCCUUUUGAUGAAGUCAUAUAUCCUGAAGGGGACCCAGAUGCUGUUUCUCUAAGCAAGAGAGAUUUUGAUCUAUUACAACCUGAUACAUUCAUUAAUGACACAAUAAUUGACUUUUACAUCCAGUAUCUGAAGAAUCAGAUACAAGAGGAGGAAAAACCGAGAUUUCAUUUUUUUAAUAGUUUUUUCUUUCGAAAGCUAGCUGAUUUGGACAAAAAUCCAUCUAGUGCUUCGGAUGGAAAAGCAGCAUUUCUACGUGUUCGUAAAUGGACAAGAAAAGUAAAUUUAUUUGAAAAGGAUUACAUCUUCAUUCCUGUGAACUUCAAUCUUCAUUGGAGCUUAAUAGUCAUAUGUCAUCCUGGUGAAGUGGUUAAUUUCAAUGAUGAAGAGUUGGCCAACUCGCUUAGAGUACCCUGUAUAUUACAUAUGGAUUCUAUAAAAGGAAAUCAUAGCGGUCUGAAAAACCUGCUGCAAAGUUACUUGUGGGAAGAAUGGAAAGAGAGACAUAAAGAUGCACCGGAAGAAGACCUUUCAGCAUUAUUUUCAAAUUUGCGUUUUCUCCCCCUAGCGUUGCCACAGCAGGAUAACUCAUAUGAUUGUGGCCUCUUUCUGCUGCACUACCUAGAGCUCUUCCUUGCCGAAGCUCCUCUUACUUUCAAUCCAUUCAAACUAACCAAGUUUUCCAAUUUUCUCAAUGCAGAUUGGUUUCUGCCUGCCGAGGCAUAUCUCAAGCGAACACUGAUCCAGAAGUUGAUUUCCGAACUUGUGGAAAACCGUGAUUCACGUGAAGUCUCGUCCUCGGACUGUAGUGAUGACCCCCAGUACAUAGAAAAUAAUGAAAACAGAAUCUGCAUUGAGCAUCCUGAAGUCAACAGGGAGUCAAAAAUUUCCUUUGAUGGGCAGGGAAUAGAAAUGACUCUAUUGUCUGGAUCAUCGUCUUUGGAUCCUCAAUCUUUUAACAACCCAGGCAUGGUUCUUAAGGACCUCUUUGAGCCAGGUGCUUCAGCGGCAACAUCGGCACAGUGCCAUUCUUUUGACCAGCAACCAUCUGAUUAUCGUUUCAAUAAUUCGAUAUUUUCGACGGAGGAAACCUCCGAUCUUGGGGAACAACUUAUGUACUUAGCAACAGAUACCAACUUAGCCACAGAUACCAACUUCCAGCAAGUAGCUGAAGUUACACCUCAAGCAUGUCCUUUGCCUUACCUUCCGAGGGAUUGUGGAAAUGGGACUAAUCACAUACUAGAAAUCUCUCUGCAAGAGGAUGUGUCAUCUCCCAGCAGUUCCGAUGAUACAGAAGACAUAGGGGUCACAGAAUACUCUCUUGACGAUGGGAAUGAACUCAUAGCAUCUAAUGAGGCAGAACAAGGUGAAAAAAUUUGUUCACCCAUAGAAAAUACCGAGCAUUUUAUAGAUAUCUGUGGUUCUGCUAGCAACAAUUUAUCAAUACCCUCGGCCAUGGGAAUUUCUAAAGACUCCAUCGUGAUUUGUGAUGGUUAUAAGAGUGGAGAUAUUCACUCUACCUGUCAGGAAGCUCCCACAAUAGGGUUGCAUCGAGUUUCUGAUGCAGUUGAUGAGGAGGCCCCCACAAUAGGGUUGCAUCAAGUUUCUGAUGCAGUAGAUGAGGAGGCCGCAUGUGAUGAUGGUCAGAUGAUUGAUGGUAUGGGAGUGGGACCUGAUAUUUGUGAGGAACAAGCUGCAAAGAGGAGGCGGGUUAUGCCUCCGCAAUAA